ACCGCGUAGCGUUUGUAUCUGCCUGUUACGUAACAGAGCUUCGCUUAUCAGAGCAAGAUAUUAAAAGCACUUUCUUCCAUAUCAGCAACGUUUUCCCUCAGAACUGGACCGAAGGAUCUGCAGGUGUGUUUCGGCGUCCAAGCAAAAUAACAAGGUCGACAAUGAAGAUUGCUGUGAUUGGUCAGAGUGUGUUUGGGAAAGAGGUCUACAAGGAGCUGAGGAAGGACGGCCACACCAUUGUUGGAGUUUUCACCAUCCCUGACAAGGACGGCAAGGCUGACCCGCUGGCCACAGAGGCGGAGAAAGAUGGCGUUCCUGUGUUUAAGCUCUCCCGCUGGCGGGUGAAGGGUCAGGCCCUUCCUGAGGUGGUGUCUCAGUACAAGGCCACAGGCCCAGAGCUCAACGUUCUGCCUUUCUGCUCCCAGUUUAUCCCCAUGGAGGUCAUUGACCACCCUAAACACGGCUCCAUCAUCUACCACCCCUCCCUGCUGCCUCGUCAUCGAGGAGCUUCCGCCAUUAACUGGACCCUCAUCCAUGGUGACAAAAAAGGGGGCUUCACUGUGUUCUGGGCAGAUGAUGGACUGGACACCGGACCGAUCCUGCUGCAGAGGGAGUGUGAUGUGGAGCCCAACGACACUGUCAACACAAUCUACAAGAGAUUUCUCUUCCCAGAGGGAGUCAAGGGAACAGUGGAAGCUGUCAGACUGAUUGCUGAGGGAAAGGCCCCGAGGAUUCCCCAGCCUGAAGAGGGCGCCACAUACGAGUGCAUCCAGAAGAAAGAAAACUCAAAGAUCGACUGGAACCAGUCUGCAGAGGCUAUUCAUAACUGGAUAAGAGGAAAUGACAAAGUGCCGGGAGCCUGGGCAGAGGUGGAUGGCCAGAAAGUGACUUUUUACGGCUCCACUCUGAUUGAUAACGGUGUUGCAGCUAAUGGUCGGCCGCUGGAGAUCUGUGGAGCCAGACGGCCAGGCAUGGUCACCAAAGCAGGCCUGGUGCUGUUUGGUAACGAUGGUGGAGCGCUGCUGGUCAAGAAUAUGCAGUUUGAGGAUGGGAAGAUGAUCGCAGCCUCGCAGUACUUCAGCGCUGGUGCCAGCGCCACUGUGGUGCUGACAGAGGAGGAGAAGGCCUUUGCGGAGCAGAUGAGGGCUGUAUGGCAGAGCAUCCUGACUAAUGUCGGCCAGAUCGAGGACUCCACAGAUUUCUUCAAGAGUGGUGCUGCUUCAAUGGACGUUGUCAGACUGGUGGAGGAGGUGAAGCUCUAUGCCAGCAGCUGUCAGCUUCAGAACGAGGACAUCUACAUGAACACCACCUUCCAAGAUUUUAUCCAAAUGUGCGUCAGGAAACUCAGAGGCGAGGAUGACGAAGAGGAGCUAAUCGUAGACUAUGUGGAAAAGAACAUCAACAACAUGACUGUAAAGAUGCCUCAUCAGCUUUUUAUAAACGGAGAGUUUGUUGAUGCAGAAGGGGGGAAAACCUACAAGACCAUCAACCCCUGUGACGGCAUGGCAAUCUGUGACGUGUCUUUGGCCCAGAUAAGCGAUGUGGACAAGGCAGUGGCUGCUGCCAAAGAGGCCUUUGAAGAGCAGGAGUGGGGCAAGAUGAACCCCAGAGACAGAGGCAGACUCCUCUACAAGUUGGCGGAUCUGAUGGAGCAGCACCAGGAGGAGCUAGCUACCAUUGAAGCCAUUGAUUCUGGAGCCGUUUACACUCUCGCUCUCAAAACUCAUGUCGGCAUGUCUAUCCAGACUUUCCGCUACUUUGCUGGCUGGUGUGACAAGAUCCAAGGCAGCACCAUCCCCAUCAACCAGGCUCGACCCAACCGCAACCUGUGUUUCACCAAGAAGGAGCCCAUCGGAGUGUGUGCCAUUGUGAUUCCUUGGAAUUAUCCCCUGAUGAUGCUGGCCUGGAAAACUGCCGCCUGCCUGGCAGCUGGGAACACGGUCGUUCUCAAACCUGCACAGGUGACCCCACUCACAGCACUUAAGUUUGCCGAAUUGGCAUCAAGAGCAGGGCUGCCUAAAGGAGUGAUUAACAUCCUCCCUGGAUCAGGGUCUCUGGUUGGCCAGCGCCUGUCGGACCACCCUGACGUCCGUAAACUGGGAUUCACAGGCUCCACUGAGAUCGGUAAACAAAUUAUGAAGAGCUGUGCAGUUAGCAAUCUCAAGAAAGUGUCUUUGGAGCUCGGAGGAAAAUCGCCGCUCAUCAUCUUUGCAGACUGUGACAUGGACAAGGCUGUGCGCAUGGGCAUGAGCUCCGUGUUCUUCAACAAAGGAGAGAACUGCAUCGCUGCUGGACGGCUAUUUGUGGAGGAAUCCAUCCACGACCAGUUUGUUAAAAAAGUGGUUGAGGAAGUGAAGAAGAUGAAGAUAGGGGAUCCACUGGAUCGUUCUACAGACCAUGGCCCCCAAAACCACAAAGCCCACCUGGAUAAGUUAGUGGAGUUUUGUCAGUUUGGUGUGAAGGAGGGAGCUGUGCUGGUCUGCGGGGGGCAUGCACUUCAGCGACCAGGAUUCUUCUUUGAACCGACUGUAUUCACCAACGUCCAAGACCACAUGUACAUCGCUAAAGAGGAGUCUUUUGGCCCAGUCAUGAUCAUUUCCAAGUUUAAAAGCGGGGAGAUUGAUGAGGUCCUGAGGAGUGCCAAUGCCACAGAAUAUGGCCUGGCUUCGGGUGUUUUCACGAGAGACAUCAGUAAAGCUCUAUACGUUAGUGAGAGGCUCAAUGCUGGGACGGUUUUUGUGAACACCUACAACAAGACCGACGUGGCUACACCCUUUGGAGGAUUCAAGCAGUCUGGAUUUGGCAAAGACCUCGGACAAGAAGCCCUGAAUGAAUACCUGAAGACAAAAGCUGUGACCAUCGAAUAUUAAAUCCUGCAGCACAUUGGUGGAAUAAAAUGGGACUAAUGAAGGAAGGCAUUACUAGUAUCGACCAUAAUCCUUUGCCUUAACGUAAUGACUGAUUGCUUUGCUACUUUGGUAGUGUCCUAAAUUUUAUCUGUGAAGCUAUAGAAUUUUUUAGGUACCCCCAAUAACCUAAAUUCACCUCUUUUUUUUUCAAAUAAUGUAACCAUUUUUUAAUAUGAAUACUGACAGUAGGUUUUAUAAUAUUUAUACAAACAUAACUUAAUCUUCCCUUUUAACCAUCUUCAUUAUGGAGUGUUUUCAAAAUAAAAAUGUAUUAUACAUUAGUAUUUUAAUGGUUUGAUAUUCUAAUCCAGUUUAUACAAGGACAGUAACAAAGAUGUUUUCUCUUUAGUUUUGUGUUUUUACAUGGUUAAAAAACUUUUUGAAGGAUAAAUAAAAUGAAUGUUUUAAAAAAACACAACCUUUUCUGCAGUAAAUUAAACUUAAAACAUGAAAUAACGGUCAAAUUUAAUCCAAAACUGAAAAGCAAGCAUCUCAUCAGGCUGUGCCAGCUUUGAGUAAAGUGACUUUUUUUUUGUAUUUUCAAAUGUUCAUUGUCAAACAUUCUGGAAGCCACAAAUACAUUCUAAUAAAAUGAAAUUACAAAAUCACCUGUGUUAAAUAAAAAGGAAUAUCAAAACAGUCUC